CGUACGUACGUGCGUCGUCUCUAUGGUGGCGGCGGAUUCCGCGGGACCCGAGGACCCUGGAGUCAGGAACUCCGCUGUCUUCUGUUUCCCGCGCGCCUCGUGAUUCGGCAGUCUCUCCCCUAGGAUGUUCCGCCGGGAGAGCUCCAUCCCCCUUCGAUGCUCGGCUGCCGCCCUGUGCAACAACCUCAGUGUGCUGCCACUACCUGUCCGCAACCUCACACAUUUUGGGGUAGUCCAUGGACCCAGCGCCCAGCUUCUCAGCGCUGCUCCUGAGGGUGUGCCCUUGGCCCAGCGCCAGCUCCACGCUAAGGGGGGAGCUGGAGUGAGCCCUCCACUUAUCACCCAGGUGCACUGGUGUGUCCUCCCCUUCAGAGUAUUGCUGGUGCUCACCUCACAUCGAGGAAUACAGAUGUAUGAAUCUGAUGGCUCUGUCAUGGUCUAUUGGCAUGCGCUGGGCUCUGGAGAUGCCUCUCCAGUACAGGCUGUGUUUGCCCGAGGAAUUGCUGCCAGUGGCCACUUCAUCUGUGUGGGAACGUGGUCUGGCCGCGUACUUGUGUUUGACAUCCCAGCCAAGGGUCCCAACGUCGUACUGAGCGAAGAGCUGGCUGGUCACCAGACACCAGUCACAGACAUUGCCACGGAGCUUGCCCAGGGACAGGACUGCAUGGCUGACGUGGUGACGGCAGAUGACUCAGGCUUGCUGUGUGUCUGGCGGUCAGGGCCUGAAUUCAAAUUAUUGACCCAAAUUCCAGGAUUCGGGGUCCCGUGCCCUUCCGUGCAGCUGUGGCAGGGGACUGUGGCAGCAGGCUAUGGGAACGGGCAAGUGCGUCUGUAUGAGGCCAGUACGGGAAUUCUACAUGUCCAGAUCAACGCCCACGCCCGGGCCCUCUGUGCCCUCGACCUGGCUCCUGAGGUGGGCAAGCUACUCUCUGCAGCUGAGGACACCUUUGUACACAUCUGGAAGCUGAGCAGAAGCCCCGAGAGUGGCUCCAUUGAGGUGGAACACUGUCACGGUGAGUGUGUACCCGACACCCAGGUGUGUGGUGCCCGAUUCUGUGAUCCCUCAGGCAGCUCCUUUGCUGUGACUGGCUAUGACCUCGCUGAGAUCCUGAGAUUCAGCAGCGUGUGAGAGAAAAGCAGCCCUCCUUUCCCCCUGUAGUAUUUAUAAAGUACCCCCUCCACCCA